AUGGCUCACCUUCUGAACAGCAUACUCACAGUAACCAAGGUGUUUCAAAACUAUGCCAAAGAGAAUGGGGACUGUACUUCACUAUGCAAGAAGGAGUUGAAGCACCUGCUCUUGACUGAAUUCGGAGAUAUCCUCCGGAGACCAAAAGACCCAGAGACUGUGGAAAUCAUCAUGGACCUCUUAGACAGAGACAGAAAUGGAUAUGUUGAUUUUCAAGAAUAUCUCUUAUUGGUGUUCCGAUUGGUCCAAGCUUGCCAUCUUAAGCUAGAUAGGUCAUGUGGACAUAAAAUCUCCCAGCAAGAAAUGGAGAAGGAAGGAACACAAAAUGAUAAGUUUCCAGGAAACCACAGAGGCAGACCACAUAGGCAGAGUCAUGAAAGAGAAAGUCACUCUGGGAGACAAAGUCAGGAUGUUCAGCAUGAUCAGUCUGAGAGACAUGGCAAGAACACCCACCAUGGUCAAUUACAGACACAAAAUACAGACUCUCAUUGUAGCCAGUCUGAGGAAGAAGAUGAGAGUUAUGGCUCUGAUGAGCAUAAGAGACAAGAUCAAGACUCUAGCUCUGAUCAGAGACUGAAUCGAAACUCUAGCAGUGGCCAACCAAAAGGGCAAGGAUAUACAUUUGCCAUAAAUAAGUCAGAGAAACCAGAUCAGGAUUCUCAUCAUGGUGAGUCUGAAAGGGUUAAACAACAAUCAAAAUGUAGCCAGUCUGGAACACUCAGACAAGAUUCUCAUUCUAGUCAGACCAGUCAACAAGAAUCAGGUUCUUAUAGACAAUCUGGAAAUCUGGGUAAAGAAUCAGGCUCUGGUCAGAAAGACAGUCAAAGACAGAGUUCUCAACAUGGUCAAACAGACAGACAAGGACAGAGUUCCCACCAUGGGCAGACAGACAGACAAGGACAGAGUUCCCACCAUGGGCAGACAGACAGACAAGGACAGAGUUCCCACCAUGGGCAGACAGACAGACAAGGACAGAGUUCCCACCAUGGGCAGACAGACAGACAAGGACAGAGUUCCCACCAUGGGCAGACAGACAGACAAGGACAGAGUUCCCACCAUGGGCAGACAGACAGACAAGGACAGAGUUCCCACUCUGGUCAGUCACAGACUAAGGAAGCUGAAAUUCCAGGACAAAAUAGGCAUUUCCAAGGGACUGAUGGAACAAGGAGAGGGUCAUAUGUUGAGCAAUCAGGGAAGUCAGGGAGACUAAGUCAACAGGUUUCAGGAAAAGAAGUAAAUCAACAUCAGAGACAGGGAUCCCAGUCUAGAGAGGGAGAUUGGCAAUCAAGCAACAGAGAAGAGGGCCACAAACAAGUCCCAACUGGGCAGAAUCAAAGUGAGAAACACAGCCACUGGGCAGAGAAAGAACGGGGUCACCAAAGCUGGAGUAGUCACACCCAUCAAGACCAAGAAAGUCCAUGUGAGGUACAUGAUAAGCAAAGUCAUCAGACAAGGGACAGACAAACCCAUGAGGAUAAACAGAACCUCCAGAAACAUGACAGGCAAACUCAUGAAGAGGCACAACAACAGCACAGACAAACCUAUGAAAAUGAGCAGAACCAUCAAAAACAAGACAAGAAACUCUAUGGAGAUGAAGAGAAACACCAAAGACAAAAGAAAACCCACAAAGAGGAACAAAAUCGUCUACAACAACAGGACAGACAAAACCAGAAAGAGAAAGACAGAUAUCAAGAGUCAAAAAAUCAGCAAUCCCAAGGAUCUCAACAAGGCUGUGGUAACAGAGAAAACAAUCACAUGAAUGAAGAUAAUCAAAGUUCACAAGGAAAAGACUUCCAUCCAACCCAGAGUGGUGGGAGGCCCCACAAAGGAGAACAGGGUAGAGGGCACCCUACCAAGGCAGUCAGUGCUCCCAACCCCUUCUAUAAAUAUGUACAAGAACAGAGAUCAUGUCAGAACUAA